AUGUCCUGUAUCCAGACUCCUUGGACGAUGGCCAAGCACAAGCUUGUGAAUGGUCACUUAGGCGACACCACAGCUCAAAAUGAAUCCGACUGGCAACUCGAUCAUGUCAGUGCCUCAGAGGUCGCGGAGCGUUUCGUGGACCUCUCAGCCUUUGUCUACAAAGGCUAUUGCACUGGAAUCCUCAUGAUCGACUUGCCCAUCUUCGAGACGAUGAAGCAUUUGUCCAACAGACUGUAUUCCUAUGCCUUCAGUCUGGUGGUCGAGAAAUCUGUGAACUUCCUAACCCGCCCCGGGCAGAGCACAACACUUUCCGCAACUACCGCUGCUGAGAGCAUGGGCCAGUUAGCUGCGUUUUUGCAGCGUAAAGCCAACGAUCUCGAUACGUGCGGUCUCUCGAGCGGCACCGAAGUCUCUCUCGCUAUCGACCUGAGGUUUGCGGAGGAGUAUACCGCAUCGCUUCUCGGAUCGAAGGUACAGGGAAUUGGGAUAGCACACCCGCUAUCUGUUCGUCAAGAUCAUCCUGCUUCACAAACACCCAUCAUCGAAGCGGCUGGGCCAAUGUCUGAGAACUCUGAUGGGAAAGCGAAAAAGGCCCAGACAGCCCCCGAGCAGACCUCAGCACCACCAGCUCCCAUCCGCCAGCCCGAGGUCGGAGAAGUAAGGAAUGGCGAGCAUGCGAAGCUACUACAAACGCUUUUGCAUACGAACAGUGUGCCAGACUGUACAAAUUGCCAUACUGGCGAGCCAGCAAGUGUCAAUGUUGGCCUCAAAACCCCUUCCCAAGCUGUGUCGACCUCAGCCGGCGGCUCCACAGCGCCAGUCGAACAGACUCAUCCUCAUGAUCUUCGACCCACAUCUCUCAAUACUCAUCACGCUCCGACUUCCCUUUCUGGGCCCCGUCUUCGGAGUCACAUUGGUCUAGACGAUUAUGAUGCUUUCGUCCAACAUUGCUUCACUUCAACAAAGGUUCUGGAUUCCGAUGCGGAUCCAUGUACUAUGACACAGAUCGGACACAGCACGACUGAGCUCUUCCAGCCUCACCAAUUUAUUGACAUCGCAGUGCUGGGCUUCGAAGGCAUCAAAGCAGUCAAGCUGGUGCAUCCGCUCUGCUCUCGGGAGGUGGAGUGUCUCAGCUUCGACGUGCUGAGGUACAUUGACUAUGUGCUGAGCGAAUCAGAUGCUGUCCGCAGCUUGACAUGGACGAAGGAUGCCCGCGAGAAGAGCGUGUUGGCCAGAUGCGCGGAGAAGCAGAGUCUCUCAAUGGUAGAGAAGGAAUUAGCGGCCAGGAAAUGGGAGCUUCAUCGCGAAAGUCCAAAGGAGACGAAUGCUGCUGCUCAGACGGGUCAGGCUGUUACGAGAGAGCGCCACGCUGCUUGUAAUGGUGCAGUACAGAACGGAAAAGCCACCAGAUGCCUCGAACAAAUGAGUUACGCUAAAGCAGCUUCUUCUCAGGCUGUACCUGAACAGUCAUUGUCGGACGACGUUGCACGACACAGCACAAACCAAGAAAGCCUUCCAAAAUCAUGCAUUGACGACGAGGAACCUUCAGUCGAGUACUUACAAGCGCAAUUCGCUAGUCUUGCAACUGGAUCAACGGGGCCAGCCCGCUUGGAUGACGAUGCAACGACUUCCCUUCAAAUGCCUACUUCAGCUCUUCAGGGCCCCAGAUCUGACAUUCAAGGUCCACAUGAGGAGUUCUGCCAGUGCCGCGUGAAACUGGACAGGUUCAAUGAGACUCUUCGGGCUCCAAAACCCUCGACGGAUCCAAGUUCGAAGAUUUCUCGGAGCAUCACACUCGUGGAAGGGAAAAGGGACGUAUCGUCUGCGGAUCCACCGCCACUGAUCGUAUACACUGAGGCGCAGACUGGCGACAGAUACGCUGUUGACGACGCUGGCAGACAGCCCCGGUCUAUCGGCGAACGUCACGGCUUGUCUCUGGCCUCGACGGCUGUUCCUCCACCGAGGCUGAGAAGCUCCAGAGGUCGAAAGCGGAUAGGUGAAGAAACCGACAAUUGCUUGGGACUAGAGCAACUCCUUGUAAACGGAUGUUCUACCACCAGCAGAGGGGAUUUCGAGGCUGAAGUGUUACACAGAUUCCUCGCUAGGAAUGCCUGA